UAUGGCUUCAAACGCUACCGAGCAGACUACCGAGCUGCCCAAGCUUUCUCCGAGCGAGUUCCGAGCUUAUAACCGGCUCGCAGAUGGGAUGGAACAAUUCGUACGUGAGAAAAAAAAAUAAAAAACAGAUUCGAGAGAAAGAUCUAGUAUCCUUAGUGCUCUAUCUAAUUAUCCAGCACAAUCACUUCCGGUUAACGUGGAACCAAAUGUUGAAUGCAUGCGACACAAAGGGCAAAAAAUCCGGCACGCUGUCUGCCCGCCAACUGAUCAUGACGGGGCUAGGGUUCUGCUCGCAACUACACCUCCACCACAGUAUUGAAGAGGAACAUAUCUUCCCCGUGCUGGCGCGCAGGAUGCCCGAGUUCCGCGCCAAAGUGACCCUGCUAGAACAGCACCGCGAGAUCCAUGCCGGGAUGGACAAGCUGCAGGCUUACCUGGAGGAGUGCCGGUGUGGAGAGGCAGAUCUGCAGCGCGACGAGGUCCAACGGUUGAUGGAUGGGUUUGGCAAAGUGCUCUGGACGCAUCUGGAUGAUGAGGUGCAUGCCUUGAGGGCGGAGAAUAUGCGCAAGUACUGGACUGUCGAGGAGGUUCGGAAGAUUCCUUUCUAGAAGAAUGUCUAAUAUGAGUAUAUAUAUGCUUUUAUUGGUAGAUCGUAUAUCUGUAUACUCUGGUACAGAGUUAAUUCUAUGACAUCAUCGUGAGAUGUAUAGAA